AAAGGGAAAAGGGAGCAUGGGAUGGCUCAGCCGCCUCCGGAGGCAGGGAUGUUCCUCCCCUGAGGCCCCGCCUGGGGCUGCUCUCCUGAGGCCGCCCACGCUCCCCGAGCCCCCGGCCCGGCCCCGCAGCGCCUCCGCCCGCAGCCUCCCCGGCGCCCUCGAGGCCAUGGACGCGCCGGAUCCCGAUCCCCACCGGGAUCCCCACCGGGAUCCCCCCCGGGAUCCCCACCACCACCACCAGGAGGAGGAGGAGGAGGAAGGGGAGGAGGAAGGGGAGGAGGAGGAGACGCACAUCCUCAAGGUUUGCUUCUACAGCAACAGCUUCAACCUGGGCAAGAACUUCAAGCUGGUCAAGUGCUCCGUGGGCACCGAGAUACGGGAGGUGAUCCGCUCGAUCCUGCAGAGCGGCCGCGUGGGGCCGGCCAUCCGCCUGCCCGGCUGCUACGGGCUGCGCCUCAAGCACCUCAAGUCGCAGCAGGAGCACUGGCUGCACCCGCGCCUCACCGCACAGGCGCGGCGCAAGUACGAGCGCCGGCACCCCGAGGCCGAGUGGAGGUACGACCUCCAGAUCCGGUACCUGCCCGAGGAUUUCAUGGAGAGCUUCAAGGAGGACAGGACCACGCUGCUCUACUUCUACCAGCAGCUCCGCAGUGAGUACAUGCAGAACUACGCCAGCAAGGUCAGCGAGGGCAUGGCGCUGCAGCUGGGCUGCCUCGAGCUCAGGAGGUUCUACAAGGACAUGCCCCAGAACGCGCUGGACAAGAAAUCCAACUUCGAGUUCCUGGAGAAGGAGGUGGGCCUGGACCUCUUCUUCCCCACCCAGAUGCUGGAGAACCUCAAGCCGCGGCAGCUGCGGAAGAUGAUCCAGCAGACGUUCCAGCAGUACGCGCUGCUGCGGGAGGAGGAGUGCGUCCUGAAAUUCCUGCACACCCUGAGCACCUUUGCCCCCAUCGACCAGGAGAGCUUCCGGUGCCAGCCGGUCCAAGGAUGGAACAUCACCGUGGACCUGGUGAUCGGCCCCAAGGGCAUCCGCCAGGUGACCGGCGAGGACACCAAGCCCACCUGCCUGGCGGAAUUCCGGGAUAUCAAAUCCAUCCGGUGCUCCACCACCGAGGACGGGCAGGCCCUGCUGCAGCUGGGGCUGGGCGGGACCCCCCCGUCGCUGUCGAUCCGGACGUCGUCGCUGGCCGAGGCGGAGAACAUGGCCGACCUGAUUGAUGGAUACUGCCGGCUCCAGGGGGGAACGGAGACCUCGCUCAUCGCCUUCCCCGGGAAAGAUCGUGAGAAGAGGAUCAGCCUCCCGCAGAUCCCGGCCCCGAAUCUCGGGGAGCGGCUCUCCACGCUUUCCCACAGCACCAGCGGCGAUUCCGAAAUCUACGCGGAAAUCCUGGACGAGUCCUCAAGGCCGAGAUCUGGAACUCAGCCCUUUGGCAUCAGCCGCGAGGCCGUGGCGCUGGGCCGCAUCCUGGGCGAAGGCUUCUUCGGAGAGGUCUACCAGGGCACCUACACCACGCCCAAGGGGGAGCGCCUGGACGUGGCCGUCAAGACCUGCAAGAAGGAUUGCAGCCCCGAGAACCGCGAGAAGUUCCUCAGCGAGGCCGUGCUGAUGAAGAAGCUGGAGCACCCCCACAUCGUGAAGCUCAUCGGCAUCGCCGAGGACGAGCCCACCUGGAUCAUCAUGGAGCUCUACCCCUACGGAGAGCUGGGCCAGUACCUGGAGCAGAACCGGGCGGGCCUGGCCGUGCCCACGCUGGUGCUGUUCGCGCUGCAGGUCAGCAAGGCCCUGGCCUACCUGGAGGCCCUCAGCUGCGUCCACAGGGACAUCGCCGUCCGGAACAUCCUGGUGGCCUCCCCGGAGUGCGUCAAGCUCGGCGACUUCGGCCUCUCCCGCUACAUCGAGGAUGAGGAGUACUACAAAGCUUCCGUCUCCCGCCUCCCCAUCAAGUGGAUGGCGCCCGAAUCCAUCAACUUCCGGCGCUUCACCACGGCCAGCGACGUCUGGAUGUUCGCCGUGUGCGUGUGGGAGAUGCUGAGCUUCGGGAAGCAGCCGUUCUUCUGGCUGGAGAACAAGGACGUGAUCGGGGUCCUGGAGAGGGGCGACCGCCUGCCCAAGCCCGACCUGUGCCCGCCCGUGCUCUACACGCUGAUGGCGCGGUGCUGGGACUACGACCCCGGAGAGAGGCCCAGGUUCCAGGAGCUCGUCUGCAGCCUCAGCGACAUUUACCUGAUGGAGAAGGAGCUGGCCCAGGAGCAGGAGCGGAGCAGCCGGCACCGCCCUCCCAAAAUCCUGGAGCCGCCGGAAUUCCAGGAGCCGCCGCCCAAGCCCAGCCGGCCCGCGUACAAGCCGCCAUCCCAGAAUAACCUCCUGGCUCCCAGGCUGCAAUUCCAGCUUCCGGAGGGGCUCUGUGCCAGCUCUCCCACCCUCGCCAGCCCUGCCGAGGUCCCGAGCCCGGCGCUGUCGCGGCGCACGCCGCCCCCGGCGCGGCACGGCGGCUUCAAGAGGCACAGCAUGAGG